CGUACUUCAGAAUUAGAAAGACAGUUGAGGGAUUUUCAGCAACGUGAAGAAAAUUUCCAAAGGCAGUUAAGAGAUGUGCAGCAACGCGAAGAGAAUUUACAGAGACAGUUCAGACAGCUUCAGCGGCAACACAGAGAGCUUCAAGAACGGGAACAAAUCUCUCAAAGGCAGCUGACGGAGUCGCGGCAAAGUGAGCAAAAUUUGCAGCGGGAACUUAGAGAGGUUCGAGAACAGGAACAAAAUUCUCAAAGGCAGCUAACAGAGUUUCAGCAACGUGAAGAAAAUUCUCAGAGACAGUUGAGAAAUGUCCAAGAACAAGUUACUGAACUACAGUUAAGUCUUUCAACAGCUCAGCUAACAAUAAAUCAAUUACGGAGCCAGGAAACACGUGACUGGGUUAUUCCCCGCGACGAAAUCCAAAUCACAGAGAAAUGCCUAGGGAGGGGAGGAUGGGGAAGUGUCAAUGAGGGAACGUAUUGUGGCUGUACUGUAGCAGUAAAGCAAAUUCAUGAUCUGAUUCUCUCCCCUCAUAACAUACAUCUUUUUGAGAGAGAAAUGAAUAUUGCAUCCAAGUGCCGCCAUCCUCACUUGCUACAGUUUAUUGGCGCCACGAAAGAUGAGGGAACUCCGCUAUUUGUCACCGAGCUGAUGGAGAAAAGUCUGCGGACGCUGCUGGAACAGCGACAACUCUCCGAAACGGAAAUAGCCGUCAUUUCUCUGGAUGUUGCUCUUGCGCUGAACUACCUUCAUCAGAAGAAGCCAGAAUCCAUUAUUCAUCGUGACGUCAGUAGUGCUAAUGUGUUGCUAUGGCGACAAGGUGACCAAUGGAGAGGCAAAGUUUCAGAUUACGGCACUGCUAAUGUCAUACAGCAGACCAUGACAGUGGCUCCUGGAGCUAUGAUUUACAGCGCACCUGAAGCACUUACAUCAAGCCAGACAGUGAAGGUUAGUUUUAUUGAAUUUUCGAGAAUUUCAAAGACUGUUGAAUUUACAAAUGUACAGCAAUGCUAAUAUUUGCGAAGUGUUUGGUCUGGAUCAGUCAUAGAAGUGUUUCGGCUCCGACAACAUUUGUAAAGAAAUACCAGAGUUUUCACAAGUCUCCAGGUGCCUGUGGCCUUGCAAAAACUCUAGUUUUUCUCUGCUAAAGUUAUCGGUACCGUACAACUUUUUUGACUAGUCCGGACCCAGUUAUUCUGUAGAGUAAACGCGUGCCUCUUGUGACCCUUGCUCAUCCCCGAAUCCACCUUCAGUUUAAAUUUCUUUUCUUGCAACGUAUCGGCCGUGGUUUCCUCUUUCCAUUGUUAUCAUUGGGGCCCGUCCUGUCUUGUUCCUCUACAAGCUCUUGCGCGCUCAAAUUCUUUCCUCUUCCACGCUUCUUAGUUUUUAGUCAUCCUCUUAAACCAUUGCAUAGUUGGUUCUGGUGUCUCCAAAUGGAACUUGUCUCAGUUCACUCAGUUGGGCUGCGGUGCUCAACUGCCCCGGACUUUAACCGUAAUAUGUCUCAGACAUCCCAGGGAAAAAAUAUUGACUUAUUCAAAUGAUGUAUUGUUGUUAGGUUGAUGUUUACAGCUUUGGUGUUCUUCUUUGUGAAAUGUGCAUCCGGCAACUUCCAGAUCCUCGAAGGCGUGAAGAACAAGUGGUGCUUGUAACAAAUAGUGCGUUUCGUGGCCUGGUACGACGAUGCCUGCAGAGAGAGCCUGGGGCGAGACCAACCAUGCAGGAGAUAAUCGAUCAACUGAAAGAAUUCGAUGCAAAUUCUUAA